ACGAGACAAAAGAGACCAACCGGACUAGAAAUAUGAGGUUUCUAAUUCUUUGGACCCUGCUGGCUGCCAUUGUAGCUUCUUGGAGCUCGGAGGAUAUCGAGCUGUUUCAAUUGCAAACUGAUUUGGUGAAGUUAUACGGCUCAGAUGCCACCUUUUACAAGUUCUUUGAGCUUCCCAAAGGCGAAAAGAGCACCUUUGAACAGAUCAGCAAGCAGUUCAAGAAGUUAUCAAAGAAAUACCACCCGGACAAAGCACGUGGAAUCUCUAAAAAGAAGGCCAAUAAGAGAUUUGAGAUGUUGAACCUCGUGGCAAACGUGUUGAAAACUGAUAGAAAGGAACGUUAUGAUUACUUUUUACAGAAUGGCUUCCCCAAAUACUCAACUUCAAGUGCUGGCUGGAUAUACGCAAGGUUCAAACCUGGCUUGAUCUUCACUUUGUUGGUGCUGUUGUUGUUCAUCAACGUUUCGCAUUACGUUGGGACCAUCAUCCAGAGAAACCAGGAUAGAAAGAGAAUCAAUUCGUUGAUCGAAGAGGUUAAACUGGUUGCAGGUAGUCAAGCUCCAAAUGGUGAAUUGGACUUGACUCAGCAGAGGAAAGUACGCGUUGAAAGGCUGGAGAAGACAUUUUUGUCAAGAAUUGAUGGUGUAUUCCUCUGCGAUGAUGAGGACCCAGAUUAUUUGGAGAAAAUUACCAGUGAUGAUAUUCUCAAUCCUACAUGGAGAGAUAUCCUUUUGGUGAGAUGGUUUGCCUGUGUAUGGAAUCGGUUGUUCAAGUCUGUCUACUUCAUAGACCUCAGCCCUCCAGCUCUACCUAAGAAGCACGAUCCAUUAGACUUGGAGGAAAAGAAGGCGAAGAAGAAGAAGAAACCAACAGGAGAGAAAAAGGUAUUACCUAAUGGUAAAGUAAUCUAUAGCAAAAAGAGAAAUUGAUCUAUUACAUAGCUCUGUCUGACAUGUUUAUAAGUUAUCGGAACGUGUGUUUUCAAAGUCCCUUCUUUAUCCCAGUGAACUGUUUGGAAAGAUGCAUAGGAGAUGGAUUCAACAUCCCAGCCUUUCCAGUCUACUCAAAGGGCAUUUAACUAGAAGCUCAAGUAAUCGAAUUAAAGGAAGAGAGGCCAACAGAGAAUUUAUCCUUCUGAAUGAUUGAUUAAAUAUUAAAUAAU